AUGGCCGACAGGAAAUUCCGGGUCGCCAUCGUCGGCGGCAGCAUCGCAGGGCUCACGCUGGCGCUCGCGCUGGAAAAGAGCGGCAUCGACUUUGUGGUGCUCGAGGCCUACCCGGAGAUAGCGCCACAGGUCGGCGCCAGCAUCGCCGUCCUGCCCAACGGCUUCCGCGUUCUCGACCAGCUUGGCUGCUACGAGGACCUGCUCAAGAGGGUCAAUUGCACCAUUGACAACUUCAUAAUUCGAGACUCGGACGGCCGCGUCUUGACCCACGUGAAGCACUUGGACCACCACUUGGUGCAAAGGCAUGGCUACCCGAUGAUCUUCUUUGAGAGGCGCAUGGUCAUCGACGUCCUCUACCAGCACAUCGCUCAGAAAGAAAAGGUUCUCACAUCCAGGAGAGUGACUGCCGUCGAAGAACGCGACGACGGCGUCACGCUCACCACCGAGAAUGGCGAGCAUUUCGCAGCAGACAUCGUCAUCGGCGCCGACGGAAUCCACAGCACCGUCGGGAAAGAGAUCUGGAAAACGAACAGCAAGCGCGACCCCACCGCCACGAAAGGUGCCCUCGCUCCCGACGAAGCAGCGAACUCAGCUAACCACCCUCCAGACAAGCUUCCGGUGCAGUACCGCUGCCUCUUCGGCAUCUCAGAGAAAGUCCCCGGCAUAGCCGAAGACGUACUCCACCACGUGACCAACAUAGGCUCCUCCCUGUUCGCAGCCUCCGGCCCCAACGACCGCACGUACUGGUGCCUCUUCAUCAACACCGGGACCACCUACCACGGCGACGACCUCCCGCCCUACACCGACGAGGACGAGGCCGCAACCGUGCGCCAGCACCGCGACGACGCCAUCACCCCGACCGUCAACUUCGACGCCCUCUACAAGCGCAAGCUCAUGUCCGUCUGCACCCCCGUCCACGAAUACGUCCUGGGCACGUGGCACUCCCCGCGCUGCAUGGUCGUCGGCGACGCCGUGCACAAGUUCAACCCCAUCAUCGGCCUCGGCGGAAUGUCCGCCAUCGAGACCUGCGCCGCCCUCACCAACAACCUGCACGCCCUCCUGCAGUCCCACGCCUCUUCGUCCUCCCCCAUCCCCUCCUCCGCCAUCGCCGCCGCCUUCGCCGCCACCCAAUCCCUCCGCCAGCCGCGCGCCGCCGCCCUCGUCGCCGUCUCGCGGCAGACGCAGCACCGCUUCGCCAUGGAGACGCUCCCGCUGCGCCUGCUCAACCGCUACGUCUACCCCGGCAUGGGCGCCGCCGCCGCGCUGCGCCUCCUCUCCGAGGCGUAUCCGGGCGCCGUGAGCCUGGCCACGCUGCCGGUGCCGCAGAAGCCGCGGCGCUUGCCGUACCACGACGAGUUGCUGAGGGAGCCGGGGGCGGGGCGCGGGGGGAUGGGGAGGGUGGGGGGUGUUGUUGCGGGGUUGGUGGGGAUGGCGGCGCUGGGGCGGUACGUGUUGUUUGGGGUUGGGAAGGCGAACGGGGCGUUUGGGCUGGUGAGGGAGAAUGCGGUGAGGGGGGCGGUGGAGGAGAUGGGCGGGUUGCGGUUGAAGGAGGUGUUUGGGUUGGGGAAGGGGUCGGCGCUGGGCAGGAUGGCGCGCGUGUUCGUGACCAUCUUCUUGCCUGUCGUGGCGGGUGCGGGGCCCCGCGGCGGGGAGAGCAGGCUGCAGGCUGGGUACUUUUUGGUUUCGGUGUUCUUGCCGCUGCUGGCGGUGAUGCUGGUCGAGUCGUAUCGGAAGAGGAACACUUGGUCCCUGCUCUGGAGCCCUGCCAUCUGGACGCCGCUGGCACAACUGCUCGGCCUCGCCAUCGUCCUGCCCCUGUACGUCCUGGCCUUCUUCCACGCCUCGCAGGGCAUCGCCUACUGGAUGCCCGCCGAGCGCUGCGUCCCGCACUCGGCCAGCAAAGCGCUGCUCCCGUCCGUGCUCCUCGGCUUCCUCGUCCCGUCCGCGCUCAUGGUCCUGCUGGGCGCCGAGUCGCCGUACAUCCAGGAAGUCAUCGCGCUGUGGCAGCUGACGCCCGUGCUCGUCAGCCCGUUGAGCAUCGCCCUCGCGAAGCUGCAGGGGGGCAGCCGCCCGGCGAAGAGCGCCGCCGACGCCCCCGUCGAGGACUACCAGGACCUCGACAUGCCGCAUCUGAAGCGCCUCUACGACGUCCUCUUCCUCGUCGCCGCUGCCGUGCACGUCGCCGUGCUCGCGCUGCUGGCCUCGUCGCCGGAUGCGUCCGUCGUCGGCGCUUUCGUGCCCGCGCACCCGCUGAGCCCCGUGUCGACCGUUGCGGCGGGCAUGAAGAUCUUCUUCCAGUUCGACCUGCUCAUGGUCGUGCUGACUACGCUUGUGUGGCUGGCGUUGAACGUCUGGGACAUGAAGCGCGUGGGAAUCGUCGGCUUGCCCGUGGCCAAGGCCGUGGUCGUGCUGCUGCUUGGGAAUGUGCUGGUUGGGCCGGGCGCUACUCUUGUGGCGUUCUGGAGAUGGCGCGAGGACCACAUGGCGAGGCCUGGGCUCAAGGCCUUCUGA